AUGCUCUUCUUCGGCACUCGUUGCGAGCGUUUAUGCAUGAUUCAAUUCUCUCUCAUUUCUCUAAUACCCGGUCUCAUCAAUUCUCUUCAAGACUGCGCGGAUCCUUCAUUUGACAGUUAUGCGGAGACCGUUGAGAAACCGACUUCGCUCAAGACGAGUGAUCGAAGCUCUUUGUUGGCAUAUAUGGGUCUGCCAUUGCAAAUUUUCGGCAAGGGAAGCAUGUUCGGACCGUACACUCCUCUGCAGCAGCUGGAUCUGCUGGCCGAUGAUGGGACCAAGUCAUACGUGGUGGGAUCAACAAAUUCUCUGCUAUUACAACAGAAGGACCGCUAUAGUGACAUUUUAAUCAACCUUGACGAAGACAGCAUCAGCAUCUCAUCCUUGCCGCUCCGCAAUGCACUCAUCCUCUCCGUAGCCGACAGGCGCUGGAUCGAUCUUCUCACUCAGAUCGUCAACGACACAUGGGAUGAAUCUCACCCAUCACGACCCAAGACUCUUGGUUUCAUGGGCUCGGAAGAGUUCAUUCGACUUCAAUUCGAAGAGUACCUGCUCGCACUCCUAUCAUGCAUGAAAUACCACGAAGAACUCAACUCAUUUUCCUCUGGCGACUCUCCCCACCGGAGCAGAGCGCAACUCCAAACCUUUAAUAUCGAGGGCGAUCCCGCCCUUGAUUUUAACGCGGAUUUCCUUGCUCAAUGGCAGAAAACUUCUAAUUACGCGCUUUUCUCAAAGUUGACCUCGGAUGCACUCCUUUUCUCCAUCACCGAGCCACGACACCCUAGUGCCGGUGGCUUGACUAUGGAAGACGUCCAACGCCGAUUGUCCCAACAAGUCGCCGAGCUCCAUCUCGACGAACGAGUCCGUGAGGGCAGAGAAGCACUCAACCGCCACUUGUCAACGGGUCAAAAAAAAGUAAGCGCCGCUUUCAACAGCUUCUGGUCCGAUAUCGAGUCCAUGCGCGAAGCCCAAAGAAAACGCAACGAAGAGAAAGCUUCACAAUCAACACGUACCUCAAUCGACAAAGAAGGACCCACUUCCCCACAACCAGCAUCAACGGAAUCUACAUCCGAAGCUGCUGGAUCUUGGUUUGGAGCCCGCCAACGACCAUCCAUCGACGUAACCCAAGCACAAGCCUCCGUCACUGCCGCCAGCCAAAAAGCCGGAGCCUACUUCAGCUCAUGGGGCUCAUGGGCAAGCGACAAGCGGCGCGAAUGGCAAGAAAAGCGCAGUCCCUCGCCCAGUCCGAAACCCAACCCCGGCAUGACCGCAUCACCAUCCACACCAGUCUUGUCUACCGUCAGCGAAACCGUCUUCGACUCGGACCGCGGCCGUCGUCGCUCAAUGCAGCGACACAGCGAAGACGCGGAAGGUCUAUCACGUAGUUUGAGCCGUCGAAAGCGAUGGAGUAACAUCAUUCUCCGUCGUGAAAGCGGCGAGUUCAAGCGCGAGGAAUCCGAUGCCGCCGAUAUGCCAUUCCCAAAGUCCCCCUUAUCCCAGGGAUUCCCGGCACACGGCGCCGAAGCGGAGAAGAAGAAAGCCGAGCUGAGCGCGCAACAGGAUAAGCCUCUUCCCCAGCCGCGUGCAGAUGACGAUGGGUUUACUUCCGUCUCUCUGACACCCCAUGAGGGCCUUCGUGGGGACAUGAGCCCCGGGAAAAGCGAGUCUGCUACCGUAUCUGCAGAUGAUUCCGCAGCGGUGCUUCCUGUCAAGCAGGAAGAGCAUGCUUCCGACCUACCCAAGGACUCCGUCAAGGAGUCUGUCAGCACUCAGUGA